AAAAGCUCGCAUCCAAAAGAUAUGAUGUGAUAGCCUACCCAAAUCCAAGGAUUAGUAGCCGGUUACACUGCUCAAACCCUUAAACUAUAGAUCACACAGAGAUAACUUUACUGUUACACCAAAACUCCCCUUCAUUUUUACCUUUCUUGGUAAUAGUAGGUGAAAUUCAAAGGUCAAAUGCCCUUCACUAUUAUCCAUACUUUAGAUGCUGAUACAGAGACAGAGAUUCAGUAAUCAAGAAAGGUAAGUGGUUUGAAAAGAAGCAAAAGGACAGUUGAAGAAAAGUAAAAAGAGAAAAGAUCAAGACUUAAAAAGUGGUAGAAGAUUGCAUCAUUGAACAUUUUAAGAAGGUGAAAUGCCACGAUCAAGGGGAUCAGAAAUGCAUCAGAGGCAAUCUCCUCGAGUCCCUUUGCAACUGAGAACAUCAAGCUCUGAUUCUGAUCCUCUACACCAUCGAUCAGUGACUGACCGGAGUCCUAAAUUGGGUGAUCGCCGUUCGCCACGAGGCGCUCAAUCUGAUCCACUGAAUCAAAGGAAACUUGGAACAAGAAUUGCAGAUUUGGAAUCUCAACUUGGGCAAGCACAAGAUGAGCUCAAAUCUCUGAAGGGGCAGUUAGCUUCAGCUGAGGCUGCAAAGAAAGCAGUUCAAGAACAGCUCGAGAAGAAAACCAAGAAACCAACUGUUGCUGAGCCUGAGCAAAUCCAAGAGACCAGCAACAACAACGACAACAACAACAACAACCCAACUCAUGAAAUUCCAGAUGAUGACCAGAAAGAAACAGAUGUUUUCGAAGUUCCAGUUGAGAAGGUAACAUUGGAGCCGCCUCCAAAUGUUGAAAUAAGCCACCCCUCUAUCGAAGAGGACCUGAAAAGUUCAAAUCUAUCACCUGCUGAAACACCAGCCAUUGCUAAACCGGUUGCUGAACAGGAGAAAUCAUCAGUUGAGGAGCUGAAUUUGAAGGAUGAGGAAAUAAGCUCAUUGAAAUCCAAGUUGGAGGAGAAAGAAAAAGAGCUUCAGGUUUUUAGCCAAGAAAAUGAGGGCCUGAAGAAGGAGCUGAAUGAAAAAAUGCUAGAGAUAUCGUCCGUUAAGGCCAAAGAAGAGGAAACGAGCCUCAAUCUAAACCAAGUGACACAAGAGCUGGAAACAAGCAAGAAUGAUGCAGUUAAUAUACAGGAGAAACUUGAGGCCACUGAAAAGGCAAAAGAGGCAUUAGAAAAUGAGAUGAAGAAACUGAGAGUCCAAACAGAACAAUGGAGGAAAGCUGCAGAUGCUGCAGCAGCAGUAUUAGCAGGAGGCGUGGAGAUGAACGGGAGAAGACUAUCUGAGAGGUGUGGAUCAAUGGAUAAGCAUUAUGGUAAUGUAUUUGAACCAGCAGUUGGAGGAUACGGCAGUUACAUGGGUUCGCCGGGGUUGGUUGAUGAUUCUGAUGAUGUUUUUGGACAUGGGAAGAGAAAAGGUUCUGGUAUUAAGAAGUUUGGUGACCUCUGGAGGAAGAAGGGUCAGAAAUGAAUGUAUCCUUAUUGAACACUUGAGAACAAUGUAUGUUAAGUAUGGUCAGCAAAAUGGUUCCUCACCAUUUUUAGCUUUCUUGGUUAAUGUAUGAAUCUUUUUCUUGGCAUCUGGCUUCUAUUAUAUGCUUGUGUUAAAUUUCUGUUUUUAGUUAA